AUAGCGUUCUUCCUGGGGGCAGCCGUGGCCUAAUGGUUAGGGAGUCUGGCUUGUAACCGAAAGGUUGCAGGGAUUGAAGGUGGGGGGAGUGAAUAACCAGCGCUCUCUCCAUCCUCAAUACCACGACUGAGACCUGAUGGGGGAGAAUGAGGAGAGUGAAGGCAUGAGUGAAUCUGAGGAGAAACAUCAUCAUGUCAAAACUGGAGAAAAAUCAUUCAACUGCCCUCUGUGUAAAAAAACAUUUGCAUGCAAACAAGGUCUUAGACUUCAUAUGAGAGUUCACACUAGAGAGAAGCCAUACACAUGUGAUCAGUGUGGGAAGAGUUUCAUACGAAAGGGAAACCUUAAAGAUCACAUGAAAGUCCACACUGGAGAGAAACCACACACAUGCGAUCAGUGCGGGAAGAGUUUUUCACUAAAACACAGUCUUAACACACACUUGAAAAUCCACACUGGAGAGAAGCCACACACAUGUGAUCAGUGCGGGAAGAGCUUUGCAGUAAAACGUUCACUCAAAGAUCACAUGAAGAUCCACACUGGAGAGAAACCGCACACUUGUGCUCAGUGUGGGAAGAGUUAUAUACGAAAAGGAGCCCUUAAUGAUCAUAUGAAAAUCCACACUGUAGAGAAACUGUACAACUGUGACCAAUGCGGUAAAAGAUUUUCUAGGGCAGAUUUCCUGAAGGACCACCUGAAAGUUCAUACAAAAGAGAGGCCUUGGGUAUGUUUCUUGUGUGGAAGGAGUUUUAGCCAGAUUAGUAAUUUAAAAACACACCAGAAAAGACACAGCGGUGUGAAGGAUCAUAGUUGCUUUGAUUGUGGAAAGACCUUUUUUACAAAUAAUGAACUGAAACAGCACCAGAGAAUUCACAGUGGAGAAAAACCUUAUAAGUGUUCACACUGUGAAAAGAGAUUCAGUCAGCAAAAAUAUCUGAAAAUACACAUAAAAAGAAAUGAAUGUCUGAAAGUACAGCCAGUAUUGUGA